UAGAAGGUCUUGGAAACCCGAAAGAAGUUGUCAGUAAUUUGUUAACAGACCUUGCAAAGACUGAAAAUACAAUUACACAGGUGUCAGCUGCAGCCUUUAAUGCAUCAUUGAAUGUUCUGACACUAAUAACUUCUGCUUCAAUGAAGACAAAUUCCACAUUUUCAGGGGGGGUUUUGGAAGUAAGUCUUUCCCUUUUACUGAAACCUAUAAAUACAGGCAUAAUAAUUUCAGCGACAAAUGCUUUGACUAGCUCUUUCUCAAUGUCUUCAGCGCUUUGGGAUGCCUUGGCAUGAAAGGCGUUAUACAAAAUAAAUUGAAUUGAUUGAAUGUUGAAAUGAAUUCAGAUUCACAUACUUACUGUAUGUCGACUCCCUCAUUGAUAAAGUGUGAAUGUUCUCUUAAUGAUACUAUGUGAUAUAAUGGUAUGGCAUGAUCUUUUUUUUUUUAUCUAAAAUGCCUCUCACAGUCAAUUAGUCCACUUGAGCUAAUAUUAUUUUUAUAAAAUCCAAUAUCGGAAUAUAGCAACGUUAAUGUCUGUAUCACCUGCUGGAUUUAUUAUUUUCAUGUUACCCGUAUAAAUAACUCACUCAUUUUGAAUUAAUAAAAACAAUCUCUUUGUUGGUAUGGUGCAUGUUGUGCAAUGGCUAACUAUGAUUUUCUUACCUCAUGCAGGAAUAUGUUGGUAGAGCAAACAGUCUCUUAGACUCUUCUUUGACAAAAACAUGGAAUGAAUCUACUAAUAAAGCUUCCACAUUCCUUCAGUCUAUCGAAAACUUUACAAAGCUGGCAUAUGCAAAAAAUGACUCAUUUCUUAAAACAUUUAAAAAUGUUCAGUUGGUAUGCAAGCCUAUACUAGCAGAUGCUAUAACAGAAAUACAAUCCUCACAUGCGGCUGUCCAAAUGAACAUUAAAAUAAACUCCCCAAAUGCCACAAUUUCUACCUUAACAUUUUUUUCUUUAAAUUCAAUUUUACCCCAAAAUACAAUGGAAAACUAUGAUGUUAACAGUGUAAUUCAAUCCAUCACAUUAGUAGAUGCAGAACCACAAACAGUAGAAAUGCAAUUUCAAUUGGACAAUGAAACAAGUUCAAAGUAUAAGAUGAUGAUAUGUGUUUACUGGGAUUUCAAAGCAAAUGAUGGAAGCGGAGGAUGGUCCAGUGAAGGCUGCCGAUGGGACAGACAUAAUUCAAACUCAACCACUUCAUCUUGUGUUUGUGACCACUUAACAUCUUUCUCUGUGCUAAUGUCAAAAUACCCUAUCAGUUUACCUUGGCUUGAAGAAAUUGGUUAUGUUGGAGUGGGUGUGUCCAUUUGUUCUCUUAUGCUCUGUCUCAUAAUUGAAUUCUUAGUAUGGAAUUCAGUAGUUAAGUCAAACAUCUCCCAUUUUCGACACACAGCCCUGGUAAACAUUUCUUUGUCUCUGCUUAUUGCAGACUGCUGCUUUGUGUCUGCUUCUUUCCAAGGUGGCAGGGGUAGUAAACUCUGUCUAGCUCUAGCAAUCUCCAUGCACAUUUCAUUCUUAGCGAUGUUUUUUUGGAUGCUCUGUCAAAGCAUGAUGCUCCUUCACCAAAUUAUUUUCCUCUUUCAACAACUGAGAAAGAGAAUUUACCUAUCUUUUUCAUUUGCUCUUGGCUACUUAGGCCCAAUAUGCACUGUGAUUGGAACAUACAUGUCAAAUCCUGAUAAAUACUAUAGUCAAGACUCCUGCUGGCUAACGUAUGAAGGGGGAAUGAAUGGAUCUAUUUUUGCUUUUGUUCUACCUGUUGGAAUCAUUGUUAUCAUCAAUACUUUUACUUUGAUUGUGGUCAUUUUAAAGCUGUUGAGACCUUCUGUAUCAGAAGGAGAUAAAGCAGAUGACAAGGAAGCUGUGAAAAAUAUAAUGAAAGCAGUUAUUAUCCUGACUCCAGUAUUUGGAUUAACAUGGGCUCUGGGAUUCCUUACUAUGAUAUUUGACCUGCCUGAGACAUUUGGAGCUAAAGCAGUUCACUACUUAUUUUCUGUAUUGAACUCAUUCCAGGGCCUUCUUAUUUUGAUAACUGGGUGCUUUACAGAGAAAAAGGUGCGAGAUGCCCUUUUGAAACGGGUGAACUCUGUGAUUAGAAAUUGGAAGAACCUGGAAUGCAAUAUCGGGCCCUCUUUACAAGGAUAUUUAAAUAAGUCAAUGGUUUAUUAUUAAAAUAAAAGUUGUUAUGAAUGAAACUCUUCUAGGCUGUUGUUAAAAAAGCGAACAGCAGCCUAGAGUAGUGAUGUAUGCUGCAAAUGUGCUGUAGUCAUUGUUGCUACCUUGUUUAGAAACUCAUCAUUUUUAAGCAUUAGAAAAGCAUCUGUUCCGACAUUUGUAAACAAACAAAUAAUAAAUCUUACUUGUUUCAAUUGUUUUUCAGUUCAGACUCAUUAGUAAUUAGCCUCAGUUUACAAUUUGUGUACAAACUCAUACAUAAAAAUACAUGAAUUCAAACAGCUCUUGUAGAAACUACUCCGGGUUGCACAAAUCCAACAAAUUUAUACAGAAGGUUUUUUGUGGGUCUCUGUAUUUUCCAUAAUGGACAACUAGAAAGGGGAGUAGCCAGCUGCACAGAUAAUAUGUGAAGUGAGCAAUUUGCCAGCUUUGGAAAACCAAGCCCUCUUUUACUGAAUAUAAAUUGGAAAGCAAAAGUAGCAGGAACAAUCUGUAACAUUGGUGAAAAACUGCUUAACAAAAGGGAGAAUGAAUUUUCAAUUUGUUUUAAUUUUUUGUUUUUUACA